AGUAAAAAAGAGAAGAAAAGUUUGUAUAAAUAUAGGAGAGAUUCCAAAUCAUUCUCAAACUGGUUUUUAGCUUUGCUUUGAUGCUUCUAAGAAUAACCAACUCCCAAAGAUAUACCGUUUCUUAAAACCACUUUCUCUAUCUAAAAUUCUUUGGUUGCAAAGCAAUCUUCUCUAAGAUUGGGAUUGGAAUUCCUCCUCAUAACAUGAACAUGUAACUUUAGUUGAGUUUUUUUUUUCUUUUUUGGGGAUUUUCAUGCUUGUUGAUUAUCCAAGAACUUUUCGGGCUCCAUGUUGAAGAGGAAUUUGAAUUGAAAAUACCCAAAGUUUUCUUCAUUUUUCGAGUACUUGAAAAGCCUUGGAUAAUGGCUGUGGAAGAGACAGGAAGAGAGACACAAGACAACCCAGAAAAGGAAUCGAAAACUGGGGUGAUGAGAAGUAAAUCACUAAAUGAUCAGCCAUCACCAAGGGGUGUUUUGGAAAUCCCUGUUCUGGGAUCAGACUCUGAUACCAGCAGCUGCAGCAGCAAUUCUAGCUCGUAUUCUCCAAAGAAGCCUGUUUUCCAGAAAGGGAGCCGAGAUUCUUCUGGUUUGCAAUGGAAGAAUAUAAUUGAAAGCAUUAAGAAGAAAUCGGUCAGAAGGUUCUCUGUUAUUCCUUUGCUGACAAGUUAUGAGAUUUCCAGGAAGAACUUGAGGAGGAAAUUGGCAAAACUUCAGGGCUCUGAGGAAGAGGUUGAUAUUGACUGCCUACCCGUGCCUAAACCAUCGUGGAAGAAUUUUUGUUACUCAGAGCUUGCUGCUGCAACUGAUAAUUUCAGUCCUGAGAAUUUGCUGGGAAAAGGGGGCCAUGCAGAGGUAUACAAAGGGCACUUAUCUGAUGGUCAAAUUGUAGCGGUGAAGAAGCUUACCAAGAAUGACAAGGAACAAGAGGACAGAGCCAGUGAUUUCUUGUCAGAGCUUGGGAUUAUUGCUCACAUAAAUCACCCAAAUGCAGCUCACUUAAUCGGAUUCAGCAUUGAUGGGGGCAUGCACUUAGUCCUUCAGUUUUCCCCUCAUGGCAGCCUUGCUUCUGUGCUUUUUGCAGGCUCACCUGAAAGUCUAGAUUGGAAGACAAGGUUUAAGGUGGCUGUUGGGGUAGCAGACGGAUUGAAAUAUCUCCAUCACGACUGCCAGAGGCGCAUUAUACACAGAGAUAUCAAAGCUUCUAACAUAUUGCUCACCCAAGAUUAUGAAGCUCAGAUUUCAGAUUUUGGUCUGGCAAAGUGGCUCCCCGAGAAUUGGCCUCACCAUGUCGUCCAUCCCAUUGAAGGAACAUUCGGGUAUUUGGCUCCAGAGUAUUUUAUGCAUGGAAUUGUUGAUGAAAAGACUGAUGUAUUCGCAUUUGGAGUUUUGUUACUGGAGUUAUUAACAGGUCGCCGUGCAGUUGAUUCAUCCAGACAAAGCCUUGUGAUAUGGGCAAAACCACUUCUGGAGUCGAAUAAAGUAAAGGAAUUGGUAGAUCCUCGGCUAGAGGAUAAUUAUGAUCCGGCUGAAAUGAAACGUGCCCUGUUAACAGCUUCCAUGUGCAUUAACCACUUAGCCACCAUGCGCCCAAGCAUGAUAAGGGUUGUAGAGUUGCUUAAGAAUGAAGAAGGUCCUGUAGAGUGUCAGCAGAAGUCUUGUCGAGGGAAAGCAGUAAUUGUAGACGGCUGUGACUUGCAAGAUUAUACUCGGACCAGCUACCUUGAUGACCUCAACCGUCAUAUGCAGCUAGUGAUGGAGUAAUGCAGGGUGCUGCUGCUGCCGCCGCCGCUGCCACUUUUUGUUAGUUGUCUGUGUGAAAGUUGGAAAAAUAGUAUGCCUCUGGCCCUGAAGGGUUUGGAUAGUAGUUCUUCAGGCUUUCAGCUUCCUACGUUUUCCUUUCAAAAUAGUUGAUUGCCUCGCCAUACACCUGCGGAGAACAUUGGGAGAACAUUGGGGAAACAGUUCACAGCCAUUGAUAAAAGUGCUAUGGUUCUGAAGAAAAUGGUAUGCCCCUGGCCCUGAAGGGUUUGGAUAGAAACCGGAUGCCAUGGGGCCAUUGUGCUGAAAUUUACAUAUGCAAGAAAAUCCUUUGUUAAUAAUAAUAAUAAAAAAAAAAACUCAGCUUCUUAUAGA